AUGAAAUUCCCACUCGCAGUCGCACCAUCCGGUAUGCAGUGCAUGGCACAUGAAGACGGAGAAAGUGCCACUGCCCGCGCCGCAACAAAAGCGGGUGUUUUCAUGGGUGUCUCAACCUUUGCGACUACGUCACUAGAGGAUAUCAAAGCCGCGGGUGAUGACAUCGGCAACAACGUGUACAUGUUACAGUUGUAUGUCUUCAAGAAUCGCAAGACGACAGAGGAUCUGGUCAAGAGAGCCGAGGCAACCGGAUAUAAGGCACUUCUUCUCACAUGCGAUACGCCGAAGCUGGGAAAUCGAUAUUGCAUGACGAGAAACGACUUCAAGAUGCCGUCUCAUCUAAACUUGCCCAACUUUGGACAGCAGAGUGUUCGCCCACUGUUGGUGGAGAUGAGCAGAGAGGACGUGGAGAAACAGCCGGACCCAAAUGUCAAUGAUGACUCAAUUACUUGGGAAGAGACUCUCCUGUGGCUUCGCUCGAUCACGAAGUUGGAGAUCUGGUUGAAGGGAGUCACAACAGCUGAGGACGUUGCGUUGGCUAUCAAGUCCCCUGCAAAUAUCUCGGGCAUCAUAGUAUCGAACCAUGGAGGCAGACAACUAGAGUCUGCUUUGUCAACGCUCGACUCUCUUCCCGAGUGCGUCGAAGCUGCGAAAGCGGCGGAUAGGCAUAUCCAGGUCUGGCUUGACGGCGGUAUCCGCAAAGGAAGCGACAUUUUCAAGGCUCUAGCCUUGGGUGCUGAUGGCGUUAUGAUCGGGCGAGUCCCUCUUUGGGGUCUGACGGUCGGUGGAGAAGCAGGGGUUUCCAAAGCUUUGAACAUCCUGAAAUCGGAGUUUCAACACACAAUGGCCUUGGCUGGGUGCCGGGAUCUUAAAGACAUUACUUUAUCUAGCCUCUCAAAGAGAGUAGAAGGGGGCUUUUAUGCGCGGUUGUAG